UACUUUUUCAUAUUUUAUCGACAAGAAGAGAAAGGAAAACCCGAAAAGAUGGAAAGGAAAAGAAUUUUGAAUUCUCCAUCAAAUUCGUUGCAAGUUUCACGCUUUUCCGCUUCCUCGCUGCGGACAUUCCCAAGUCUCUCCUCAUUUCCCUCACAAAAGACAAAACAGAGCAAGUAACAGUGCAGCUUACAAAGCUGAAAAGGCCAUAGUGAAAGGGUGCUCUCUUUGGCUAAAAAAAUGCAGGCGUCAACGUAUGCAGUCAAAGGAAGCAUCGGUUUUGGGGUUCAAAAGCGCACACAGGUUUUGAAGCGUUUUGAUGAAUUUGGGAAACCAAGUUUAGGAUUGAGAAUGACAGAUAGGACUGCCUGCUGUGGUCUACGACUAAAUUCGAUCGCUAUGGAGGCUGAACUCACUCGUGCAAGACUGGGUUCUAAUGGCAUUUUCAGGUCAUCGGUCAAGCCCAGAUCACUCAAGGCUCAGGCUUCUGAUGAUCUUGAGAGUGUUGAUUCCUUGGUGCCUCAGAGCAAAUCUUCAGGAACAGUCUUGCCAUACGUUGGUGUUGCUUGUUUGGGAGCUAUUUUAUUUGGUUACCAUCUCGGGGUUGUAAAUGGUGCUCUUGAGUACCUUGCCAAGGAUCUUGGGAUUGCUGAAAACACCGUGGUACAAGGAUGGGUCGUUAGCACACUUCUCGCUGGUGCCACUGUUGGUUCAUUUACCGGGGGAGCAUUGGCUGACAAGUUUGGUAGAACAAGGACUUUUCAAUUAGAUGCCAUACCACUGGCAAUUGGAGCAUUUCUAUGUGCCACAGCCCAAAGUGUGCAAACCAUGAUAAUUGGCCGCUUACUUGCUGGCAUUGGAAUUGGUGUUACAUCUGCUAUCGUACCUCUUUACAUAUCCGAGAUCUCACCAACUGAAAUUCGUGGUGCACUUGGAUCUGUGAACCAGCUAUUUAUAUGUAUUGGCAUCCUUGCCGCACUGGUGGCUGGAUUACCUUUAGCAGGAAACCCUCUAUGGUGGAGGACAAUGUUUGGUAUUGCAAUUAUACCCUCUAUUCUGUUGGCAUUAGGAAUGGCAUUUUCUCCAGAAAGUCCUCGGUGGCUGUUUCAGCAAGGGAAAAUUCCUGAGGCUGAAAAAUCUAUAAAAACUCUAUUUGGAAAAGAAAGAGUUGCUGAGGUUAUGCAUGAUUUAAUGGCAGCUGGUCAGGGUUCUACAGAACCUGAAGCACGGUGGUUUGAUCUGUUUAGUAGUCGCUAUUGGAAAGUUGUAAGUGUUGGUGCAGCACUUUUCUUGUUCCAACAGUUGGCUGGAAUAAAUGCAGUGGUAUAUUAUUCGACAUCUGUUUUUCAUAGAGCCGGCAUUGCCUCUGAUGUUGCAGCAAGUGCUCUUGUCGGGGCAGCUAAUGUCAUUGGCACAGCCAUUGCAUCAUCCUUGAUGGACAGGCAAGGAAGGAAAAGUCUUCUAAUGACAAGUUUCAGUGGAAUGGCUGCUUCAAUGUUGCUGCUUUCUCUGUCCUUUACUUGGAAGGUCCUGGCACCAUACUCUGGCACCCUUGCUGUUCUUGGAACAGUUCUCUAUGUACUGUCCUUUUCACUUGGUGCUGGUCCUGUGCCUGCUCUUCUACUACCAGAGAUAUUUGCUUCCAGAAUCAGAGCAAAAGCAGUUGCUUUGUCAUUAGGAAUGCAUUGGAUCACCAACUUUGUCAUUGGCCUCUAUUUCUUGAGCGUUGUGAACAAGUUUGGAAUCAGCUCUGUGUAUUUGGGAUUCUCUACCGUCUGUCUUCUUGCUGUCCUGUACAUAGCUGGUAAUGUUGUGGAAACAAAGGGGCGAUCAUUGGAGGAAAUAGAGCGUGCUCUUAACCCUGCAGUUUGAGCAGAAUAUUUUUUUUAAGUGCGUGCGGUCACAAUCUCACUACAGCUCGUUGGUUUUUGAGGUUAGGACAGGUGCUCUGCUUCUUCCUUUUGGGGAAAUUAUUGCCUUAUCUGCUGGGAUUCAAUACUAUCUCAUUUACUGCCCCCAAUUUGCUAUCUUAUGUUAAAAUGUCGGAUGUUGACUAUGAACAGCUAUAGCAUAGUGUCUAUAUUGAGUUUCUUAGUCAAUGUCACGGCAAUGUGAUAUAAAUAAGGAGAAAUGUGUCUCUUGAUUCUUGUGUGUUCAUAUUGAAUAAUUUGAUAAUGGACAUUGUUUUGAAAGUUGUGAAA